GUUCGGUGUUUUGAUGAUCCCUACCUUAUUGACCGCAACUUCUGUAUUUAUUAUCGCCUUCAUCGCUGCCCCUCCAGUAGAUAUUGAUGGUAUUCGUGAGCCUGUUUCUGGUUCUUUACUUUAUGGAAACAAUAUUAUCUCUGGUGCUAUUAUCCCUACUUCUGCGGCGAUCGGAUUGCACUUUUACCCAAUUUGGGAAGCUGCAUCUGUUGAUGAGUGGUUAUACAAUGGUGGUCCUUAUGAGCUAAUUGUUCUACACUUCUUACUUGGUGUAGCUUGUUAUAUGGGUCGUGAGUGGGAACUUAGUUUCCGUCUGGGUAUGCGUCCUUGGAUUGCUGUUGCAUAUUCAGCUCCUGUUGCAGCUGCUACAGCUGUUUUCUUGAUUUACCCUAUUGGUCAAGGAAGCUUUUCUGAUGGUAUGCCUUUAGGAAUCUCUGGUACUUUCAACUUUAUGAUUGUAUUCCAGGCAGAGCACAACAUCCUUAUGCAUCCAUUCCACAUGUUAGGUGUAGCUGGAAAUAAUUAG